UUAACGUCACUUUCAGGCGCCAAUACAGACUUCCUCCACACGGCAGUCGCAAGCAUGGCGUGGGACAGGCAGCGUCGCGCCUGAAGCUGUUUGCUAAGUGCUAAAAACACCAGACGAAGAGGAGGAUGGCAUCAGACAUGAGACUGCCAGUUCUUCGGAAAGCCGUGUCGGUUUCAUCCGCCGGCUCAGACCGAGCAGAUCACAAAGAUCUGGUGGUGCCCGGCGAUGUGAUCACGUCGGACCCCGGCUUCAUGAGGGGUCAUGGCACCUACAUCGACGAAGAAAAGCUGACGGCAUCAGUCGCUGGAGAGGUGGAGAGAGUAGACAAGCUCAUCUGUGUCAGACCCAUCAAGACCAGGUUCAAUGGAGAGGUUGGAGACGUGGUGGUUGGCCGAAUCACAGAGGUUCAACAGAAACGCUGGAAGGUUGAGACAAACUCCCGACUGGACUCUGUCCUCCUGCUGUCUUCUGUGAAUCUGCCUGGAGGAGAGCUGAGGAGAAGAUCAGCUGAAGAUGAGCUGACCAUGAGAGAUUAUCUUCAGGAAGGAGAUCUCAUCAGCGCGGAGGUGCAGUCCGUCUUCUCAGAUGGAGCCUUACUGCUUCACACACGCAGUUUGAAGUAUGGAAAACUGGGCCAGGGAGUGCUAGUACAGAUCUCUCCUGCACUGAUCAAGAGGCAGAAGACCCAUUUCCACAAUCUGCCCUGCGGUGCAUCCAUCAUCCUGGGCAACAAUGGCUUUGUGUGGCUGUAUCCCACACCAGGGCAGCAGGAAGAGGAAGCUGGAGGCUUCUACACCAGUCUGGAGCCUGUCUCCCUGGCAGACCGAGAGGUGAUCUCGCGGUUGAGAAACUGCCUCCUAGCUUUGGCUGCACACAAGGUCUUACUAUAUGACACCAGUAUUCUCUACUGCUAUGAGUCUUCACUCCCACAUCAGGUCAAGGACAUUCUGAAACCAGAAGUGAUGGAGGAGAUAAUCAUGUUGACGCAUCAUAAGCUGAUGGAGCAAGAAAGUUAGAGAGCAUGAGUCCUGCUUGUGACCUUGUUUUAAAGUGUCUCUCCUGCAUUCCAAGUUGAGGAACCAAGUUAAACCCAUCCAUGUCAGGGCCUGACCAGCAGCCCAAGGACUGACCUUGCCUUUUAAAGAGAAACCUAGCGUUUGUCACAGUCUAACAGGAAGCUUGACCAAGAAAAAUUGUGACUGUUCUGAGUUUAUUUAUGAAACCAGACCAUUCAUCAGUAUCUCACAGGUAAUGAGACGAGUUUGUAUCUCAGUAUUCAAAAAUCAUCAUCCCAGCUGUUCUUUAAUCUUUUUAUGAACCUUAGUUAUACUGAAAAACUGAUGAUGCCAAUUUGAUGUACCAGGUGUGUAAUAAAUAUUGUACACUUUUCA